AUGUCAACGAUGCGACAGAUCGGUUAUGAGAUGAAAGAAUUGAAGACAGAGGCUGAAGAAACAUCCAUACUUCGUCGUACAUCUUCUACUAUAACGGUUGUGCCGCCACCAUCAUCACCUUUUAAACAGCAUGCUGGCGGUCCUAAAGUUCUGUUAUCUGAAUAUAAAGAAGAUAUAACCAGAUUAAGGUUUCAUUUAUUAUUAAAAGACAAAGUGUAUCCUACUCUCGAGAUUUUUUUAUCAUAA